ACCCCCCGCCGCCGCCGCCGCCGCUGCCGCCGCCGCCGCCGCCGCGGCGCUCGAGCGAUGGACGGCGCCCAGAGAGGCCCGCCGCUGAUCAAGCAGCUCGCGUCCUGCAGCCAGUCGACCCGCGAGCGCUCCCUCCGCGUCCUCCUCAAGACGUGGCUGCCGGCGCAGCCCGGCCUCUCCGACGACGGCAUGCGGAAGCUCUGGAAGGGCCUCUUCUACUGCGUCUGGCACGCCGACAAGGCCCCCUACCAGGCCCACCUGGCGGACCGCCUCUCGUCCCUCCUCCUCUCCCUCGAUCUCCCCCUCGCCGUCCACUACUUCUCCGCCUUCGUCCUCACCAUGCGCCGCGAGUGGGCCGGCAUCGACGCGCUCCGGCUCGACAAGUUCUACGCCUUGAUCCGCAGGUUCUUGAGCUCCUCCUUCGCCCUCAUGAGGAAGUGCUCGUGGGAUCUGGGGCUCGUGGGGAGGUUGGUGGGGGUGUUGGAGGAGAGGGCUUUGCUUGCUGAUGACAAGUUCCAGGGGAACGGGGUGAAUUACCAUAUUGCCACCGUGUAUCUUGAGGAGCUCAGGCCUUUUCUACCGGUUAAAGCGGAGACCUUGGAGGUUUUGCUUGGUCCCUUCUUGAAUGUGAUGGGGAGGUCGUUGGAUAAAGUGUUGCUCGGUAAGAUCAAGUCCAAUGUGUUUGAUGUGUUGCUCAGGAUGGGGAAGGGUCUGUUGGAUUCGAAGAAGUCGGGGGUUGAGGUUGAUUUGGGUGAUGAUUUGGUUGUUUAUGGGACCAUAGCCUUGAAUAUGAGAUUUUCGGGUAAACUCUUCGAAUUGGGAUCUUCAGCUGAGUGCAAUCAGGGGAACAGGAAACUGCUGUUCGGCUUGCACGAGGAGUUCUUGAAGUUGGAGAAGGAUUUGGCUUCUUUGGAGCUUGAGAUUCCCAUUCCUUAUGUUUGUGCCAAUGACGACGACGACGAGGAAGUGCCCGACUUGAUUCCCAUUGGUAGUGAGACUAAAAUGGAUGAUGCUGAUUUGGGUUUACGAGGGAAUGUCAUAAAUGGAGCUAAGAUUACAAAGAAGCUGAAGAAAGCUAAGAAGGCUCUUGGUGGCGUGGAUGCAGAAGCUAAGAAGAAUAAGAAGAAGAAGAAGAAGAAUAAGAACGAUGUAAAUCUUGAUAAUAGCACUAUGGAUGUGGAGAAUGCUAAUCCUGGCUAUUUGAUCUCCGAGUUCACGACGGACGAACUCAUUAGUAAUGGAAACAUGAUCUUCGAUGAAUCUUUGAUGUCUAACCUCCAAAUGGAAUUUGAGAGGGUCGCCGCUGCAGAGGGUCUAAGAAUAGAUGUUCCUAACGACUGGGAUGCUGAAAAGGCUGCAGUUAAUGGUGAUGGUCACAAAAAGAGAAAGAGAGAGAAGACUAGAGAUGGGCAGCGAUCUCUCAAAUCUGAAAUGGCUGAGAGAGGAGAUGAUGGAGGUGCACCCUCCGCAAAGAGCGGGGACAAAAGUGUCAAGCGAGUCAGAUUUGCGAUGAAGAACAACUUGGUGUGGAAGCCUCACACUCCCUUACCUCCGCAAAAUCUAAGGUUGCCGCCAUCUACUACUCCUAGAGGAAGUGCACUCAAGAAGGGGCUGUCUCCUGGGCCCAUCAUGGAGAUGGCUCCUGCGGGGAAAAGAGCAAGACAGAGAGCGAGAACUGUAAAGAAGGUCCGAAAGACAAUAAAGACCAUUUCACCUGCUGUCAAACGUCUGAAGAAGUUGAAGGCGCUAUCUCCCUAGCGGGUUUAACUUUCUUCUCAUGGUCAAUCUCAUCACAGACAUUCUUGGAGCACUCACAUUGGCCUCAGAGAUCACCUGAUGCAUAGACCACGUGUCGGUCGGAGGUAAAAAUUUGUUGGUGGCAAGUUGAUAUAUCAAUUGUUUGAGCUUUGUGUUUGUGUGAGUGAGGCACAAUUCAUGCAAAUGAAUUUUUUAUGCUUUUUUUCAGCAAAGCUUUUGUCUUACUCAUGUCCACUUAUGCACUCAUAAUCCUCGAUAUUUCAUUUUUCUUUUCUAAAUGCUGCACUCGGCUUACCCAUUUAGACGUUUCAUGGUGAGAUGUGUGAUGUCUUUGGUUGAAUCUUUUAUGACCAUAGAACCUCUCAUUACUAAUAUUAUACUGCGGAACUUGCAGCGACAGGUAAAUCUCAAUUUGAUUGCCUUUCUGUCCAGGUUCAUCUAUUGUUUGCGAAAGAUAGUAAUAUAAAUUUUGUAUUGCAGGCUGUUUGUCAAGGUUGUGUCCUGCUUGUCCUCAACUUUCGAGGAUGGAGCCCGCUAAAUAUAGAGAAUGAUGGACAAACAAUGCGAAGAAUACUUUGAUCUUCAAUGCAUUGGUCCUUGCCAAGAAAGGGUCCUUACUCCUUCCUUGAGUCAAUAUUUGGAACGAGAUGCGCGCGUAUUCAUUCCACUUGGGCCCUCUGUUACUUUCUGUCAGUAAGUGGAUGGUGUAGACAGUUAUGGAACUAGGGGGAUUUGAAAGCAUCGGCAACAAGAGCAACGUUUAGGCCCUUUGGUGGAGACAGAUGUAUUCACGUGUGCUAUGAGCAUCUAUUGUACUGUGCCAGUGAGAUUUGUGGGUGCAAUUUCUCGCAAUUCAUU